UAGUGUGGAAAUGAACAAUCUAAGCAAAAUGUGCCUCAGAUUCAGUACACAAUCCAUUCUUUCAGCACCCAUCAAAGACAAGUAUUCCAUUUUAAUGGAAGAUGAUAAACUGCGCGCAGGUGCAAGUAGCAUGCAGGGUUGGAGAAGUACAAUGGAAGACGCACAUGCAAUGUAUCUCUCACUUUUUGGGAUGCCUGACAAGAUGAAUGACGAGGAUGGUGCCAUUGCCGCUGUUUUUGAUGGACAUCGUGGCAGCAAAUUUGCCCAAUCAUGUGCAUCACAUAUCCGUGAGUGGGUCACUUCAACAGCUGCAUUUCGUAGUGGUGACUUUGGAAAAGCACUAAGAGACGCAUUUAUACUUGGGGACGAGUUUUUACAUAGGACUAUGCCGAAUGAAUUGAGUGGGUGUACAGGAAAUUGUGUUUUGAUUAUUCAAAACCAUCUUUACUGUGCCAACGCAGGAGAUUCACGGUCGGUGCUGUGUCGUGAUGGUGUUGCCAUUCCAUUAAGUGAUGACCAUAAGCCAACUAACCCAUUAGAAAGAGCACGCAUUGAAAGAGCAGGUGGUUAUGUACACAAUGGUCGUGUUAAUAGCGUUCUUUCACUAAGUCGUGCUUUUGGAGAUUUUGCAUUCAAAAAAAGUAAUUUAAAAUCCGAGGAACAGAUAAUUACUGUUGUUCCAUAUGUAUUGCAUAUUGAGCUUACACCACUUGAUGAGUUUGUUAUUAUAGCUUGUGAUGGUGUCUGGGAUACCAUAUCUAAUGAGGAAGCAGUUGAAUUUGUGCGUAAUGAAGUAGCCGAUCAUGGGGAUAUAUCGCUAGCCUGCGAGCGCAUGAUGAAUACUUGCUUAGCGAUCACACCUGAAAACUAUGGCACAGAUAACAUGACCGUAUUGAUACUUCAGUUUAAGAGUUCCUUCUUAAAAAAGGUGGAGAGCAAGUUCGUUUAG